CUAUCCCUCCCACUCAUCGGAGACACAAAGUUCAAGGGACCAAAAAAAUACACAAAUAAAGAAGAAGAAGAAGAGAAAAACAAGGAAAUAACGGGAGAAACGAGGAUAAAGAAGGCAAAGCAGGAUGACGCCGAGAGGAGCCAACACGUCAGGCUCCGUCAAGGGCUUCCUGGACGUGAAGAUUCCAGCGAGGAAGAGGAAGAGUAUCUCGCUGUUUAGGGUACAGGUGUGGAAGAGGCGAUGCUGGGUCGUGAUCCGCGGAGACAGGUCACCGGAAGAUGGCGCCACGAGGUCAGGUCAGCUCAGCCUCAGCGUGGAGAUCUACACGCGGCACGAGGGGUCAAACCAUCCCACCGAGGGGACCAUUCUGCACCUUGACCUUGUUCACAGGAUUCGUCGCGCCAAGUCCAAGUCACACCCCUACGCCUUCGAGGUGUGCGGGCGGCGCGGGGAGGCGUUGCUCUACCUCAGCGGUCAGAGCGAGACGGAGACCCAGAGAUGGAUGAGCGAAAUCAGAAACAUCCUUUGGCCUCCCACGCAUCUGGAGGCCAUCAAGAGAGGACACGGCAGCACGUGGGAGGUGAGCGCCAUCUCCGUGGGCGAGGCAGGCCCUGAUUGGACGAGCUUGGCGGGACUGUACGGGCGGCUGGCUGUUCGGGAAGCCAACUUGCUCAUCAAAGAUAUUCAUAAUGGGACGACGCGAGUGGAGUGGCCUUUGACCUCGGUUCAGCGCGUGUGCGUGGCCACGGGAGGCGAGGUCGAGGACGAAGGCAAAAUUUUUAUCAUCCAGACCAGACCAUGCCACCCGUGCGGCGAGGCCUAUCUCUACUUCUUCUCGCCUGAACUCAGCUCUCUGCUGGAGGGGCUUCACGAGGCCGUCUCCAAGCUCAUCUCGGCCUCGGCAGCGGAUGAUGUCUCCCUCAUCAGCGACCUGUCGGAGCUCUCGGGCGCCCUCAGCUCCGUGGUGGUGUUGCCUCAGCGUCUGCCGGACCCGCCCAAGAUGCGCAAGUCCACAUCCGUCAUAGAUCUGGCUCAGAUUCACGAGCUGCAACCUCUGUGCAACAUCCACACUCCGACCCGCCUGAGCAGCAGUCAGUGCAACCUGGCUGAGGAGCUGCGAGGAGAGCCGCCUUUGCCGGGCCGCCUGCUGGGCCACUCCCGCCGCCGGUCGAUGAGCGAGACGAACCUCGCCAAACUCUGCCUGGACGAGACUGACGAAGAGCUAGAGUCGCGUGACGACGACCUCGAAGACGCUGACCUCCGCCAGGCAGACCUCCCUAAAGACCGCACGUCCUCCUCUGGUUCCUACAACUCCUACCGGUCCACAGACUCUGGCGUCCGGCUCUCAGCCUCCCCCUCCACGCACUGCGACGGCGGCCGGUACAUGUCCGAGAACGCCGCCCGCCGCUUCGUCACCAAGUCCGACUCCAUAGACUCUGGCGUCAGAACGAAAGACGAGAACAGGGAGGUGGCAGCGGAGGGCGACGAGGCCAAAAAGGCGGAUCCUCAGUCAGGGGAUGGAAAGCAGGAGGCCUCCAGCCGGCGAGGCAUGAGCGCCCUGGAGGAGGAGCCAGACGUGGAGACCAAGGUAGGCGCAUGGUGCCUGCAGAGCGCAAGGGCCAGGAAGUCCUUCUUCGCCAAGAAUCUAAACGUGACGUGUGCGGCACACAAAGAGAGAAAGAAAGGGAGUUUGAGCAGGACCAUGUCGGAGUCCUACAAGGAAGUGACAGACAAGCAUGACGAGUUCAGGCGGCUCUCGGAGUUCACAACGUCCUCUAAGGCUUGCACAGUGUAUGAGGAAAUAGUAGACGUCCUGAAGCCUCUGACCCAAGCGAACCAGCAAGCAAAAGAGCACGAUUACGAGGAGCUUGACAAGUGCCGGAGAGAUAUUAAGCGGAGUUACAGUUUCCAGGAAAAGACGAAGCCUCCUCCACUACCUCCCAGGCGGCCGAAGUCCUUCUCGCCUGACCCGUGGGCGGAAGAGGCUCUGUCCAAGUCAGGUACUCUCAAGAAAAUAUUUGGUCUUUCAUUUCAAAGCAAAUCUCAUUCCACAGAAAGCAUGCUCGAUGUGAGCUCAGGAUAUGAUGAUUUGUCCACAUUAGGUAGUGAGGAUAUGGCAAUGGUGCAGGCCCUGGGCACUCUGCCUAGAGUCAAGAAGAAACCCGUUGAUAGACGAGAGCGUCAGUCAAGCCGUUCAGCAUCCCCCAAAAUGUCGCCAAAACAGAAGGCAAGAUCUCUUUUUGGUGUUUCCCCGAGUAGGUCCCCCAUGAUUCCUAGGCCCAAACAUCUUUUUCUCUUUAAGGGUUCUGGCAAAAAUGAUACACAGACCUCACCGUUGUCUAAGCCAGGAUUUAGACUUCACCGUCAGUUUUCUCUUCAGGGUCAGCGGACGCCCAGCACGGACAGCUCCCUCGCGGACGCCUCCACGCCCGAGACGCCCCAGCAGCAGCAGCAACAGCAGCAGCAGCAGGCGUGUCAGCACCGGCAGUACUGGCGUCCCGAGGCUUCCAGUGGUCCCCCUGGCGAGCCUCCCGACGCAAGUGAGGAGGCAGCGGGAGGACACGCUGGAAAAGACUCUUAUGCUUUCCUCAAGUCACCAAAGUUAAUGUCAAAGACUUUUAGCUUCUUAAAGAAAUUCCCUAAAGAGAAAAGUGGCUCUUUAGAGAGAAAACGUAAGUCGGGCAUUAACUUUUUACCACCCCAAGAUCUCUCCACAAAGUUCCCCAACAGUUAUUCAAUGGACAGUUUCGCUGUAGACAAAGGGUCCCAGAGUUGCGGUACGCCCGUCAGGGACACGGACUCGGACUGGGCGGACGCUGACGUCGUCCCCGGGAGCAGAUUGCGCUCCAUGUCUUAUUUGCCGCCUUCCUCGCCAGCCAUACGGAUCCCCUUCCACUCCCACCACGACUCCGUGACUACCACUCCUGCGGGAACUCCCACGGGCCACUCCUUCAGUCCCCUUCGGAAACUAAGCUCCCCGCAGCCCCCCACAGAUCCCUCUCUGUGGAGGGACGAAGGGGACUGCUGGAAGGAGUGCGAUUCUCGCCUCCUACCUGGUGGGUUUCCACCUCCCCCUCGGGAGCCUCCGCCUCCCCCCGCCCCCCAUGAACCUCACUAUGCCAACCUGCCCCACCAUACCCACGACCAGGACUACAUGUCCAUGGACGAAGUUCGAGGGGCCUACAGGAGGAUCUCAAGCGCAUCUGUCGGCGAGGCAAGAAGAGACAGCGGAGGCUACCUGUCCAUGGGCGAGAUCCGUUCCUUCCGGGCAGGCGAUACCCCAGACUGCCCUGGCUGCAGCCAUGCGCCAGGAAGUAUCACUCACCACGACUGCCACCCGGAGCGCGAGGCCAUGCCUGAAGACCACGAGUACAUGACGAUGGAUGACAUCCAAACAGUACUCCACACGGAGUUCCCAGGGAUCUACUCGUCGAAGGAGGAGAAAGAGCUGUACAAACACUGUGGGUACAAGAGCGCCCCCGCCAGCCGCAAGACCUCGUACUCUGAGGGUUCCGAUUACCUCACGCCUCAGGAAGUAGGGCGCAUGAUCCGGAGGGAGGUCCUGGCGAUACGCCGAGGAGGCCGAGAGGUGCCCGUGGAGCACCCACACCAUAUGCAUGCCCAUGCGCACACCUACGACCCUCAUCACCACACAAUGGAUCCACACCACCACCAACACGACCCCCACCACCACCACCAACACGACCCACCUCCUCACCACCACCAGCAGGAAUCCCACGUCCACCACCACGACCCCCAACACCCGCAGUAUCACCACCACUAACACCACCGACACUUGGCGAAGGAAACCACCACCAUCGGACAACAAGCCAAGGCCACUCGACGCCACCCUGGCUCACUCUGCACAAAGACGCCUCUGGACUCUUACAAUUCUUUGGCCUUAAGAUCACCAUGCUCAUGAAUAUGCAUUGUGUGCUUCUUUUUUUACAUAUAUACAUAUAUAUAUAUAAUUCCCUUGCAACUUAUCAAUGCACCGUUAUGGAUAUAUAUAUAUACAUCUUUAUGUAUAUAUCAUUAUAAUAAAUGUGUAUGUGCUUCAGAUGGAUGCACAUACGAAACCCAUGGAAGAAGAGGUACGAAAAGGUACUUAAGAUGUUUGAUUGUUUUUUAAAGAUCUUCGAAAGACCUUGACUUUCCCCGUUUGAAUCUACAGCGAUGGUGCCAACAUUCCCCGUGCCAAGACUCAUAGCUGUACCCAAGCUCAAGUCAUACUAGAGAGUGUACAGUUUAGAAUUAUCUACCAUAGACAUAAUUGUCUGAGACAAGAUAGGUAUUGAAAUUCCUCGAUUAUUUAUUUCUGGUAUUCGGUUUUGAGAUCAUUUAUAGCUGAGAAUACCUGUGCUUUGUCUCCACCAAUGCUCCUUCCUCUAUCAUAGCAGGUACGAAUAUGUCAUAAUUUUUUCACAACACUUGGUAUAUUUAGAUGGAUUUCCAUUUGAGUAUAGAUUAGCUUUGUAAAUUUUAUGUGACACAACGACCGUAGGAUUUUAAUAUACAAGCUUUGAGAUGUUUAUAUAGACCUUAUCAUGUCCUCAGAUAUUUUGGAUUGGUGCAGUAUCCCCUCGACUCAAUGCUAGUUUGUUCCAUUCUGUUCGUCGUGAAGGUGCCAGGCAGAAGUGGCACUUGUGAGGAGGGUCAGUCAAGAGUGAAAGUGAAAGUGUGAAUAGGUUUCCAAGAGUUUUUCUAUUUCUCUCUCUUCUCUCUUCGAGUGUGUUUUGGAGAUGUAUCAACACAGAUUUUUCAGAUGCUGUGUAUCACUAUUUGUUUCCGUUCAUAUAUAAUACCCAACGCUGCCUUCAUUGUAAUAACCGUGAAUUUCAGAAAGUUUUCUACAAAGUCUUUGGAAAUGAAAAAAGUCAUAGUUUAUACUCGCCUUAAACUGUUAUAAUGUUAUGAUAUGAUUUAAACUUGUACGUAUUGAAGAUUGUGAAGGAUGUCGAUUAGUCAGCUUAGUCAGUCCUAAGCUGAGUAGAACUGUUGCCUCACUUCCUCAAUGAUUUAGCAUUGUUGUGUGAUAUUAUGCAGAAGAAAAUAAGGAUGAUUUUAAAGCCUUUGAACUCUUUUUCUCUCAAUGAACCAAAGAUCUUAAGAGUUGUGUGUACGAAGUUCGGUUUUCAUUAAGGGAACGCAGAACUGCCUUACGAAACGGAAGUGAGAUCAGUAUUACUAGAUAUGUAAAUCAGACCCAACUGUGCCAAUCGACUCCAGUAAAACUACACUUCAAAGUGCCAGGCUGACCCACACUGCCUUUACGCGCAAAGUGCCACUCUCGCCUGUAACCUCACCGCUAGAAUGUUUUCCUCAGAUAGUGUUUUGUGUAGAGCAGACAACCAAGAGGGGUUGGUGUUGUCUGUGUAUUGCGUAUUGUUAAAGGGUGUCUUCUUUGGGUAUACCGCGAUCUGGUCCCUUGUUCAUUAUUAGUUAAGUGAAGGGAGGUGGUCUACUAGCCACUAGCAAGGUACAGGUUCCUUUGCUUGUGAUGGGCGAUGCAUGGUCUAUUGCUGGCUGUUCUGCUAGCCACGUUGGACCACCAGUCAGCUAUCGUUCCGAGACGGACCAGAUGCAGCUAGUGAUGGAAAGGGAAGGAAAGUUGUUUUUUUCCCCCCAAGAGAAUCUGAUAUAUCUCUGGGACUCAAGACCCAAGUGGAGGAAGGGGAAAGAGUUGUCGGUGUCUGCACUUCAUGUACUUUUUUUUAAAUCCAAUCUUAAAUGUGUAUAUCCUGUAAGUGGCUAGGAACACUGCCAUGUGCUACUCCAGAGACAAUACUACAGAUGUACAUUUUAUUACUGACUUAUCACUGAUAGGUUGAGGUAAACUGUUUCGUUCGAACACGAGGAGGGAGUCUCGAACACCAAGACUUCUGAGACCAAGACCAAGCCAGGACGGGCCAAGAAAUCGCACAAUACCUGAGACAAUAUGGUGUGAACUUACAAUGACUUUAGGGCAUUUUUUCCUGUUUGACCUUGUGACCUUCAAGGUGACUUCCAUUGUCAGUUUAAAAUGUUUCGAAGCGUGCUUUCGUGCGCACCUCACUCCCGAAAAAAUACAAAUGAUGAUAAUUAACUCCGGAAGUCACAACCACUGCCUGGGUGUCUCUGAAGUGUCAUUGAUGUUGAUUGUGACUUGCUUCGUGUUGCUUCGGUUGUUUUGGCAUAAUUAUUGGUGUAUUUGUUGUCCUUCCUCUCUCUCUCUCUCUCUCUUUAUCUCUCUCUCUCUCUCUCUCUCUCUCUCUCUCUCUCUCUCUCUCUCUCUCUCUCUCUCUCUCUCUCUCUCUCUCACGUCUUCUACUUCACACCUGUAACUCCAUUAUGCCUUUCUGUUUCAGACCCAAUUAUCAGUUUCCACCUUUUCUCUGUCCCUAUAUCCCUCCUUUUUUCUUUUCUUCUUCUUUUGUCAUUUCUUUCUUUUCCUCCUCAUUCUCACGACCAUGCCGUUGUAUCAAUCACAACACUAGUGUCAGUAGUCUGGUAUCCAGACUUACCACGUCAGUGCACAUCUCCCGUGACUGAAUCGUGCUUGCGAGGACGCCAUCCUCACCAGAGCGCAGAAUCAGCUGUCCUUUGCGUCCAUAGCAUUCUGUCAUGACAUCUCCAUACAGCUGAUUUAGAGUUGCCAGACAGGGAUAUUCCGUUUGCAAGGUGUCUGUUGGUAAAGGAAGUUCGUUGUGUUGUUUGGUGGGUGUUACGUGACUGCGAGUAUAUGCAUUUUUUUUAAAAAUGAGAGUAAAAUAUCAUGAAAGUCGUAUACUAUACAUGUGUGGAUACAUGCAUUCAGAUAUGCGUGUCCAUACAAAUGUACAGAACACGCACACGGAAACACACACACACACACACACACACACACACACACACACACACACACACACACACACACACACACACACACACACACACACACACACACACAAAA